CAAAGACAUGAACUGGGGCAAAGCUGCUUCUUCAGCUGUCCUUUCUCUCUUCCCCUCCGCCAAAAUUCCCGAAUCUCUCGCACUUUGCAAAAGACAAUCUCUUAAAUCAUCUAUUAUAAGUUACAAUCCUGUUCAGUAAGAUGUUUAGAUCACUUUGAUUGAAUAACACAGAAAAAAAACUACCCAACAAAGUAUACUACUUUAAUUUACACCUUAGAAUUUUAGGAAAAAGAAAUGCUUUCUGGGCAGCUUGCGGUGGGACCCAGUUCGAGCACCAUAUUCGGCGGCAGUGGUGGGUUGUUGUUGUGGAGCCCACUACGGUGGCGGCGGAGGAAAGAGGUAUUCUUGGUUUCAGCAAUUGAUGAUAUCAACAGGCACAAGAAGAAGAAGCAGCAGAAUCACUAUGCAAUUCUGGGGAUUUCUCCUUGUGCUUCUCCUACUGAUAUCAAGAAGGCGUACCGCCUUCUCGCCCGUAAGUGGCAUCCUGAUGUUAGCAAAGACGCAGAAGCUGGUGAAGUAUUUAAAAAUAUUCAUCUCGCUUAUCAAGUGCUAUCUGAUGAAGCAACAAGGAUUCAGUAUGAUAGAGUGCUCAAUAAAUCUGAAAUGUACGCCUCUGAGCGCGUCAGAAGAAAUACUUAUCAGGAUUUCGAGUUUGAAGAUGAGAUAAGAAUGCACAGAUGGAGUGAAGUAAGGCAAAAAAUGCGAAAUGAUAGAUACCACAGACGAUAUAAUGAUGGAGGAGAAAAUUUUUCUUUCGACACAGAAUCAGAUGAAGAGCCAGAAAUUACAGAAGAGGUUGAAAGAGCCUCAUUCAUUGAAGUGCUUCAAUCUGCUCUCCUCUCCAUAUUUCUGAUGCAAACAGUGGGUUGCCAACUCUCUCUUAUGUUUAGCACCCUAAUGGCAUGGUUUGAUGGGAAGUUAGAUGCUGGCUAUAAAUUGGGCUACUUGAUUGCUUUGGUAUUGGGCGGUAGAGGUGGCGUUAUGCUUUCCUUGUGCCUCUCGUUUGCAAGCUGGGUGUGUGGCAAAAACAGCAGCAGCGUAGUCACUCUAGUGGUCGUAGCUAUGUGGGUUGGUUCAAAUAUUUUGAGUUAUGCAUCACUUCCUCAAGGUGCACUCCUUGCACUUCUGUACAUGUCUGUUAAACUACAGGUUGAUCUAAGCUAGAAGAUUGCUUUCUUUUGUAUCAAUAUUUUCUUCUAAGCUGUGCAUAUUUUGUGUUGAAAUGAAUCCAUUUCCAUAUGUUCCUUCAAGGAAUGUUCUCUUCGAGGGCUGCCUUGUAAACUGUACAUUAAGCAACUAUGACUUGGACUUUAUAUGGAAAUUAAUAGAUUAUGGAGUUCAUAUUC